AUGGUAUCAGAGACGGUCGCUCCGUCUGGCCAAGUGUCGAGUUGUAGUAUGAUAGGAGUUGAGAUGGAUGGAAGGAAUGAUGUCGCGAUUGCUACUGCUUUGGAAGCAUUGGCUCAAGCUUUGCAGAACCAACCAAAUGCAGAUGAAUAUGGUGUAUCUCUCGAGGCUGAUGACUGGUGGCUAGAGACUCGUCGUAGGUUGGAGGAUGUAGGUGAGGAGAUCUCUUGGGUUGUGUUCCAUGGAGAGUUUCUGAGAAAGUAUUAUCCUGAGGAUGUUCGGGGUAAGAAGGAGAUUGAAUUCCUUGAGUUGAAGCAAGGGAACAAAUCUGUUGUUAAGUAUGCUGCUAAGUAUGUGGAAUUGGCUAAAUUUUAUCCGCAUUAUAAUAAGAUUAAGAAAGCUGUUAGUUACCAGAAGAUCCGUGUCUUUGCGGAGUUGGUUGAUUGUUGUCGCAUCUAUGAGGAGGAUAGUAAUGUGUAUUAUAAGAUAGUAACCGAGAGGAGAGAUCAUGCCGAGCAUUUGAAGUUGGUAUUGCAAGUUUUGAAAGAGAAUAAGUUGUAUGCUAAGUUGUCCAAGUGUGAGUUUUGGUUGAAAGAAGUUAGCUUUCUUGGCCAUGUCAUUUCUGGUGAUGGCAUUGUUGUGGAUCCGUCUAAAGUUGAUACUGUGUUGAGAUGGGAGACUCCUAAGUCGGCUACCGAGAUUAGAAGCUUUCUGGGAUUAGCCGGUUAUUAUAGAAGGUUCAUUGAAGGAUUCUCUAAGUUGGCACUUUCGUUAACAAAGUUGACUUGCAAGAGUAAGGCCUUUGUGUGGGAUCUUCAAUGUGAAGAGAUUUUUAUCGAGUUGAAGAAGAGGUUGACGUCGGCACAGAUUUUGAUAUUACCUAAUCCGAAAGAAUUGUUUGUGGCUGAUAAUCUAACAUAUGGUUUUAUACGGGCUAACCAUGAACCUAAUGCUAAGAUCAUCAAUAUGGAAGAACUUCAUCCUUUUAAUGAACAAGGAUUUAUACUAGUCUUAAGGGAAGUUCAACCAUAUUAA